AUUCAACGUGCAAGUUGAUGACAUGUGUCAAACUAGCUUUCAACUUUUUGGGUGUUUGUGUGCCGCGAUUGCUUUACGUUUAGCGAAAAUUUGAAAUUUUAACACAAAUGGGAGGUCCAGACUCAAACGACGAGUCGGGAUCCGGCUCAGAUACCGGCUCGAGUAGAGGAAGUCGCAGCCGUAGCGGAACACCAGAUGCGUCAAGAUCUAAGGAGCACUCCCCAGAAAAAGAAGGAGGGUCCCCAUCCCAUCGUUCUCGAUCCGGCACUCCACACAGUCGGCGCAGUGGAUCACAUCAUAGUGGCUCCCAUCACAGUGGUUCCCAUCACAGUGGUUCGCAUCAUUCCGGUUCGCCAGCUUCACAUCGUUCGCGUUCUGGAAGUUCGCACCGAAGUCGAUCAGGGUCACGUGAAUCUCAUCACUCGGCCGCGUCUGGCCAUUCUGGAGGAUCACAUCAUUCGCGUAGCCGAAGCAAGAGCCGUAGCAAAAGUAAAAGUCGUAGUCGGACACCGUCGCAACAACCAAAUGCCAAUGACGUAGAAGAUAGUCGCUCACAUUCACCUAAUCUUCAAAUUGACGACGAUGCUGGCUCAGAACGAUCUCGAUCACGUUCAAAAAGUGGAAGUCGUUCACGUUCUCGAUCGCGGUCCCGAUCUGGUAGUAGAGCAUCAAAUCAUUCGGCUGUGAGUAAGCAUUCAAGAUCCAGAUCGCGUUCUCGAUCGAAAAGUGGCAGUAGAAAGAGUCGAUCGAAGUCACGAUCAAAGUCGGGAUCUAGAUCAAGAUCUCGAUCCGGUAGUGGAGGCACCAGAAGUGGGUCAGAAUCGGGAAGUGAUUUUGGAAAGAGAAAGAAGAGGAAGAAGGUAGUUAGUGGGUCAGAUAGUGAAGGAGAAGACGGUGCGGCUGGAGCAAAGAAAAAGAAAUCAGCGGUGAUCGAUUCGGAUGAAAGUGAUGAUGAGAAUAAGGAAAAAGACGGAAUUACGGCUGACGCACUUUUCGGCGAUGCUGAUGAUAUCAGUUCAGAUGAAGAAGAAGCCAAAAAGAAAUCGGAUACUGAAGCAGAUCGCCGUUCACGUAGCUCCCGGUCUAAGACACGUUCACGCUCACGAAGCAAGACCCCGUCUCGAUCUCGAUCCAGAUCUCGGUCUCGUUCAAGCUCUCGUCGCUCGCGCAGUAAGUCCGUUGAACGUGGACCGGAAGAAAACGAGAAAGAAGAAGAACCAGAACCCAUACCAGAAACCAGGAUUGACGUUGAAAUACCUCGAAUCGUCACUGACUUGGGUAAAGAUAUUCACUUUGUAAAACUACCAAAUUUCUUGUCCGUCGAGACACGUCCUUUUGAUCAAGAAACUUAUGAAGAUGAAAUCGAUGAAGAAGAAACCAUGGAUGAGGAAGGUCGUCAACGUAUCAAGUUGAAAGUGAGUAACACAAUUCGUUGGAGAGAGUUUAUGGAUAAUUCUGGCGAAAUGGUGAAAGAAUCGAAUGCCAGAAUGGUAAAAUGGUCAGAUGGAAGUAUGAGUCUGCAUUUGGGAAGUGAAAUAUUCGAUGUGUAUCGUCAACCAUUACAGGGAGACCACAACCAUUUGUUCAUUCGUCAAGGUACUGGUCUACAGGGUCAAGCUGUCUUCCGAACUAAGCUCACAUUCCGACCGCACUCAACUGAAUCAUUCACUCACAAGAAGAUGACACUGUCCCUUGCUGAUCGUUCGACAAAGACAAGUGGCAUUAAAAUUCUUACACAAGUCGGAAACGAUCCCACCGCUGAUCGUCAUUACUAUCUCAAAAAGGAAGAAGAGAAGCUGCGCCAAGCGAUGCGCAAACAAGCCCAGUCUAAGCCGAAACGCAAUAGCCGAGCGGGCGGCGCUGGAGAUAAUCACCAGGGACCCAAUUCAUCGUUCCGCGAACAUGACGAAGGAAGCGAGGACGAAGGUGGUGUAUCGAUUGCAGCAAUCAAGAACAAGUACAAGAAUAAGAAUACGAACGUCAAGCCUGGAGCUGCAAUUUAUUCAUCGGACGAUGAUGAUGGCUCUGAUUUUGAAACGAGGAGGAAGAAAAACGUCGACAAGACGAAAACUCUUAAAGCACUUCGUGACUCGGAUGAAUCGGAUGGUUCUGACGGUGGAAGCGGCGGAAGUGGCGGUAGUGGCGGUAGCGGUGACGAGGAUGGUGAUGAUGAUAAGGAUGGCAAUGAUGAUGAUGCAAGCAAAGGAAGCGGCGAGGGAAGUGACAAUGGAGAUGAUUAGUAGUUCAGGUCGAAUCUAGACAAAGAAUUGUGCAUAGAUUUGUAAUUAUUAGAUUCGUUUUUCGUCGCUAUACUUAAGUAGAAUUGUGACUUUUCAUAAUUUCUGCUAACCGAUUUAAGAUUAUUCCGUUGAGGAACGAUGAUGUCAAAAGAUUUUAAGACUUUGUUAUUAGUUUGAUCAGUUUGAACCCUGUAAGAUUGAUAGGAUUCGAUAAUAAAAAAUUGAUUUGAAAACGAU